UUCUCACUCUCCUGCAACUACCAGUUAUCAGAGCCAAAAAAAAAUAAAAAAUGGCCAGUUUUGCAAAUUCCAAAAGGCCUCAUGUUGUAUGCGUACCCUAUCCAGCACAAGGUCACAUAAGCCCAAUGCUCAAACUAGCCAAACUUCUUCACAACAAUGGUAUUUACGUAACCUUUGUUAACACUGAGUUCAACCACAACCGGCUUCUCCGGUCCAAUGGGCCCCACUCCCUCGACGGGUUGCCUGACUUCCGGUUCGAGACCAUACCGGAUGGCCUCCCUGCCGGUCCAGACCACGAUGCCACACAAGAUAUUCCUUCUCUUUGUGCAUCUACAUCCAAGAAUUGCUCGAAGCCAUUUCGCGACCUCAUUAACAAGAUUAAUGUGGCAGCCAUUAAUGUUCCUGUGACAUGCAUCAUGUCCGACGGAAUUAUGACUUUCACGCUGGAAGUUGCUGAAGAAUUGGGUAUUCCGGAGGUGUUGUUUUGGACGUGUAGUGCAUGUGGUUUCAUGUGUUACCUGCAGUAUCAUCAGCUUGUUGAAAGAGGAUAUACUCCUCUCAAAGAUGAAAGUCAUAUUACAAACGGAUAUUUGGAAACAACAGUAGAUUGGGUUCCCGGAAUGAAAGAUAUGAGGCUAAAAGAUUUCCCAAGUUUCAUCAGAACAGCAGAUUACAAUGACAUUAUGCUUAAUUUCUUCAUAAAUGAAACUGAAAGAAUCUCUAAAGCCUCAGCUAUAAUCUUGAACACAUUUGAUGCCUUUGAGCAUACUGUCUUAAAUGCCCUUUUCACCAUACAUCCUCAAAUUUACACCAUUGGUCCUUUACAACUAAUGCUCGAUAACACAAUUGAUGAUGAAAAGGUCAAAUCAAUUGGUUCAAAUUUAUGGAAAGAAGAUUUGAGUUGCAUUGAAUGGCUUGAUACAAAAGAGCCAAAUUCAGUUGUCUUUGUGAAUUUUGGAAGUAUCACUGUGAUGACUUUAGACCAAUUUACUGAAAUGGCAUGGGGACUUGCUAAUAGCAAGAAACAGUUUUUAUGGAUCAUUAGGCCUGAUUUAAUUUCAGGGGACUUUGUAAAUUUGCCAGAAGAUUUUUUAAGUGAAAUUAAAGACAGAGGCAUGAUAAUUAGUUGGUGUCCACAAGAGAAAGUAUUGAAACAUCGCGCGAUUGGAGGAUUCUUGACUCACAGUGGAUGGAAUUCGAUGUUAGAGAGUGUUUGUGGAGGCGUGCCAGUGAUUUGUUGGCCAUUUUUCGCGGAGCAACAAACGAAUUGCAGGUACAGUUGCACUGAGUGGGAAAUGGGCAUGGAAAUAAAUGAUUUGAAGAGAAGUGAAGUUGAGAUUCUUGUGAGGGAAUUGAUGGAGGGUAAAAAGGGAAAGAAAAUGAAAUUGAAAGUUGUGAAUUGGAAAGAGGAAGCAGAGAAGGCUGUUAGUCCAGGAGGUUCUUCUUAUAUUAACUUUAACAAAUUGUUUAAUGAGGUGCUUUUGGGUCCAAACUCAACUUAGGUGUAUUAAACAUGUCAAGUUAUAAAUGAUUUAUGAUCCGACUCAUCCAAAGUUUGUGCUGAUCGAAAUAGGUUGGGGUUCAAAAUAAUGUGUCAUGUCUCAAUAUGCUUGUGUAAUAAUGGACAUGUGCAUUAUAGCUCU